AUGGGUGCAUGGAGGCAAGACGUGAACAACCUGGUCGGUCUUGUGCGGGAAGAAGAGGUUCAGUCCGUAUUGGUAUUUGGAGGAUUUAGUGCAAGAAGUGCGAAAUUAAAAUAUUAUAUGGUGAUUGAAGGUGGUCCGUUUGAAGGAGCGAGUGUCAACCUGCUCCCCUAUUCAGUAUACUUGAAACUUGGUUUAAGCGAUUUGAAAGCCACACCGGUCACGCUGCAGUUGGCUGACCGGAGUGUGAGAAUUCCAAAGGGGGUGGUGGAGGAUGUUCUAAUUCAAGUGGGCGAGUUUCUUUUUCCAGUCGACUUCAUUGUCCUGGAUACAUGCCCAAUACCAGAGGUCUUUGAAAAGACUCCUAUCAUCCUAGGCCGUCCAUUUUUAGCCACCUCCAGUGCUGUCAUGAAUUGCAAAACUGGACAAGUCCAAUUGUCGUUUGGGGACUUGAAAAUGGAGGUAAAUGUUUUCAACGUGGAUAGCCGGGUUGAGGAUGAUGAGGAGAUAUAUGAGGUGAGUUUGAUCGACACGCUGGUACAAGAGCAUGUCGAUAGUGUGUUAUACAAGGAUCCUCUGGAGAUAACCUUAACCGCCGAGGAGGCGUCAUUUUUAGAUUCUCCAGAGGUAGGAAGUUUAAUGGAGAUGCUUGCAGUGGAGGAUGUGUGUGGCGCCGCUUGGAACCCAGUUCUUGAGCCACUGGGCGCCCCACUUCCUACAGCUUUCCCAUCGUCUGUCCAGCCACCUAAACCAGAGCUAAAGCCUCUGCCGGACACACUUAAGUAUGCCUUCCUUAAAGGCGAUGAUACUUUUCCGGUUGUGAUCUCUUCAUCCCUUGAGGUAGAUCAAGAGGCUAAGUUGCUUACCAUGUUGAGAAAGCACGUGGGUGCGAUAGGCUGGACAAUAGCAGAUUUGCAGGGUAUUAGUCCAACGGUGUGUACACACCGCAUUUUUCUAGAUGAGGAUGUGAAGCCUACUAGACAACCUCAGCGUCGUCUGAACCCCAAUAUGAAGGAGGUGGUUCGGGCUGAGGUGCUGAAGCUUUUAGAUGCGGGUAUUAUUUACCCGAUAGCCCAUAGUGAGUGGGUGAGCCCAGUGCAGGUGGUGCCUAAGAAAGCAGGAGUGACCGUCGUGAGAAACGGCGAGGGCGAACUAGUGCCGACCCGUGUUCAAACCGGGUGGCGAGUUUGUAUCGAUUACCGGAAGCUCAAUGCGAGCACCCGGAAAGACCAUUUCCCUCUCCCAUUCAUUGAUCAAAUUUUGGAAAGGGUGGCUGGCCGGGCAUUCUAUUGCUUCCUGGAUGGGUACUCUGGCUACAAUCAAAUUGAGGUAGCCAUGGAGGAUCAGGAGAAGACCACUUUCACGUGUCCUUAUGGCACGUUUGCCUACCGUCGCAUGCCCUUUGGCUUGUGCAAUGCUCCCGGAACCUUUUCAAGGUGCAUGAUGGGAAUUUUUAGCGACAUGGUAGAGAAGAUCGUGGAGGUGUUUAUGGAUGACUUUUCAGUUUUCGGGGAUUCGUUUGACGAAUGCCUCGAGAACUUAGGAAAGGUCUUGCAACGGUGCGAGGAAAAGCAACUUGUGCUUAAUUGGGAGAAGUGCCACUUCAUGGUGACCCAAGGGAUUGUGUUGGGACACAUUGUUUCAUCCAAGGGUAUUGAGGUGGAUAAGGCGAAGAUUGAUUUGAUUGCAAAUCUUCCCACUCCAAAGUCUGUAAAAGACAUUCGGUCUUUCCUCGGUCACGCCGGUUUCUAUAGGCGUUUCAUUAAGGGAUUCAGUGCUAUCUCCUGGCCGUUGUGCCAUUUACUGUCAAAAGACACGCCCUUUGUAUGGUCCGAGGCGUGUAAGGAGGCUUUUCAGACAUUGAAGCGGAGUCUCACUACUCCGCCGAUUGUUCAGCCUCCAGAUUGGAGUUUGCCAUUUGAGUUGAUGUGUGACGCCUCCGACUAUGCAGUCGGAGCGGUUUUAGGGCAGAGGCGAGGGAAAGAUCCCUGCGUCGUUUAUUAUGCAAGCAAGACGUUGAAUGAGGCACAGAUGAACUACACCACUACCGAGAAGGAAUUGCUCGCGGUGGUGUUUGCCUUAGACAAGUCUUUUGAGGCGUUAAUGAACAAGUAUGGCAUCUCUCACAAGUUGAGGUCCCGGUGGGACGGUCCCUACGUUGUGCAUAAGGUUUAUCCGAAUGGGUCGGUAGAUGUUUGUGACCCUAAGAAUGAUAAUAUUUCCAAGGUUAACGGGCAACGUCUAAAAUCAUUUUUGGAAUAUGUGGAAAUAUGUGAACCUGAUGAGAUUGCGAUAUCUACUUGUUGGUUGCUAGUGUUGAGAAUUGUUGGGCAGUACUUGAAUAUGAAAUUGCAUGUAUUUGGAGGAUUUAGUGCAAGAAGUGCGAAAUUAAAAUAUUAUAUGGUGAUUGAAGGUGGUCCAUUCACCACUCUUUCACUCGACCUUGACAUGAAACACGUCAUACCUCUCCUCUUCACCUUCCGUGGCACAAACUUUAGCACCUCGGAGCCGGAGGCGCUGGAAUAUCCAAAUCUAAAAUCGAACUUGAAAACCCUACCUCGCAGAAAGAGGCUUACGAGGCGGCAGUCUCUAAGCAGCAGAGGUUCCGCUGACGCAGAAGGCGGCGGCAAAUUCUAUUUCUACGACGGCGGUGGUUCGUUCGGCUGGGGCAGUGGGGCCAGAGGCGGGCAGUUUUCUUCGCUAAUAAGGCAGAUUUUACACCAUGAGCUUACUCCAUUGCUGAUCAGGGAUCUGAGGGGUCCAAAUGGAGCAAUGACUGAAUCAGGGGAAGUUUUGUCGAAGCCUCGGAGGAGAAUUUUGCCUACCGGUUCAAUUGCUGUCCAGAAAGUUCACAAGCCUGCAUCGAUCAAAACCUACCGUAUGAUAUCGUAUCUCACCUCUCCUACCCUAGCUUAUUUCGUAUAUCCUUUCAUUAUGGGUCAAUUGGACAUUAACAUCUCUACGGUCGAGACACGUUUGUCUCUUGAAAAAAUUAAUUUCGAUUGGGAAACUAUAGUUGUCCUAUCGAUUUUAUUCGUUCUACAUCUAAUAGUCAACACGGCAAAUGUCGAGUCUGAUUAUCACGUUGAUCUAGAGAUGAUCCCCCACCUGGACUACACGGUGAAAUUAGAGAUAACCAAAGCAAGGAAAAUUAUUGGGCGCCGCGUGUAA